AUGAAGACCUUAACCCUCCUCACCAUCGCCCUCCUCUCCACCUCCACCCUUCUCCCCGCCCUCGCCCUCGCCGGCGAACCCCUUCCCCCCCGCUCCAGCGGCAAAUACGGCAAAAAUGUGCCUCCAGAACCCAUCGACACGCCCCUCAAGCACCCCAAGGACCCUGCACUAUGGUGGCAAGGCAUAACCGACGACGACGUCUACCACCCAGAAUGGGCGCUCUCAUCCCGCGCAGCCGUCGUCGACGCAUCAACCCAGAUAAGCGCGUCGACGGCGCAAUCCGCGCACAAGAAGAAUAACAAAGACAAGAAAAAGAAGAAGAAGAAGGGAUACGGGCUUUCGGGUCAUUGGAAGAAGUACGGUUGUGGUCGCGUGGUUAAUGAGGGGAAGAAGGGCGGCGAGGGGAAGAAGGAGACUUGGGGGAGGAGUAGGGCAAAGUAUAAGUGUCAUCCGAAACUUUGGUAG